AUGAGGAGCCACUGGACAAUUUUGCAACACAUCUGCCGUAAGUUUUUUGGUCCGAAAAAAUUGUUGCUAAUUGUUUUCACCGCUGUACUUUGAACUCAGUUCGGGAACGCUGAGCAUGAAUCCCCUUGGGUAUUUCUUGGGUGGGGGCCUGGGGGCACUAUAAUUGAUACCCCGAUUGGGUAUUUCUUGGGUGGGUAUGUGCCGCCUGGGACUCCAAAUUGGCACCCUGUUCUAAAAAAAUUUCCUCUAUAAUUGAUACCCCGAUUGAGAAAUGCGCUAAAUUUUUAUACCCCCGUUCCGGGGCAUGAAGAAUUCGCCCUAAAACUGAUGAUUUAACCAAAUAAGGGACUGUUCUAGAAAUGGGCCAAUCUUUUAUACUCCGUUCUAGGGUGCCACACUUGUUAUAUAAAACAAGAGAAUUACAACAGUUUGAUUGUUAACGCAUUGAACCGUAUUUUUAAAAGCAAUCUGUCCUUGAAUAAAAAAAAGUCAAAAAAUGGAAGGUAAUGGUUGGUUUUGUUAUCCCAUUUUUAUUAUUCAAAAACUGGAGCUUUCUUGUAUGUUUUGUUUUGGGAGUUUAGACACGUUUUCGAAAUCAAAUUAUGUCCCCGUUUUUUGUUAAAUUUUUCAAAGGUUGUUUAGAAAACGCCUCUGUUUGUUUAAAAAUGGAUAUUUUCUUGAAUCCCUUUGUAUACAACCGUUCUAAAUCAAAUGGCGGUUAAUUUAAAAAAUCACGAUGUCUGCUUUACUUAUGUCCCAUAGGGAAAAGAUAUCGUGUAUGUAGCAUUUUCAAACUGUUGUUCUAAGGACAGUUUUGCUUAGAGUUAUUGUUUCAAUAAUUAUAUGUCAUGAAAAUAUUGGCAAAGGAAUUGUCUUUGUGCCCAUUGCAGUUCCGACACAUACCCGUAUAGGUGUCUUUGUAGAAAUUUUCAUAUGCUUUGUGACAGAAAAUUUCAAUAUAUACCCUCGUUUUUUGCUGUAUAUUUGUGUCAAGACUCAAAACGUCCAUCCAAGAAAUGUUCGGUUUUUCACAUUUGUCUUUUCAGUGAAAGGUAUGAUUUCUGUGAUUUUGAUAUUGGUUGUAGCAGUGUAUCAACAAAUUUCCCCAGAACAAGGGCAUGAAUGCAAAUAUUUGACGACAAUCAUCGAUCUUCCGCCGUUGGGACAAAAAGUACAUUUUGUUAAUCCAAAUAUGUGAAUGUUAACUUUUAACGUCGUCCUGGGGGAUUCGAGACUUCUUGUGAUUUAUUUUUAGGUUUUUUUUUUUUUCAAUCCGACCGACCGACCGACCCAAUAUCAGGAAAUGGUUGCGGUCAGGAGGCAAUAGAUUGAUUUAAUGGUUUUUAUCAGCCAUUUUUCCAAAUGCUCCGGCCCCCCCCUAUACUUUUGACAGUCAAAUAAACGCAUGUAGAGAUUAAAAGGCUGGGCGAUAAAUUAACAUAUUCCGCCAGGCACAUCAUACAAAGCCGAGUGCAAAGUCUCCCCAGCCUACAAUCACCGAAAAUGUCAUCCUGGCUGUUUGAUACGUGACCAAUUUUACUGAGCUUGUAGCUUAAAAUGAAGAAUAAUAUUUAACUUCUUGCGCAUUUUUUCUUGUACUUUUUAUUGACAAUCCUUUGUCUUAACGGCUUUAAAGCAGCUUGGUAAAGAACCAGGGUAAUGUUUUCUCGCAUAAUUAUGCCUCGACUGCGGGUACAACUACGGUUUUUGCUAAUGAUAAAUCUUGUUAUUCUUGUUAAAUUUCCAGGUAACACCCUUCCAAUUCCACACUAUGCGGUAGAGGACAUUUCAAAAGUAUUGUCUUUAGCGUCUCUUAAAACCAGACCUGAGGUGCACAGUAAUACCAAAGGAAUUGGCGCGGACGCUGGUGGGUCUGAAUACCCGCGAAUACAAAAGAACACUUUUCAAACGCCGGAGAAUCUUGAAAAUGCUGACUCGCGUUCACAUGAAAGAACAUCACAAGGAAGUCGGGAAUUUACAUCAGAGGGACCACGCUCGUUGUCACGGAAGUACAACACUGAAAGGAGUCUCUUUAAAAGGAUUGUGCGGCUUAUCAAAUUAAGAUACAAUAACGUGGCUACUGCAAUCGGCAGAGUAUUUAAUAAUCCCAAGCAUGACUUGGAUGAAGCAAGUGGCCUGGAUCAGGACGAAAGGAAUGACCACUCUUUUACAGUCCCUGGUGAUGACGGGUGGGGCAGUGAUGAUGAGGAUGACGACGUGGACGACGGAGAACACGAUUCACUUCAAUCCCCAGAUGAUUUUCUGGAUGACAUGAAAAGGAAAGGCGCUCCCGACCAAGCAACAAUUGAUGAAUACGAUUUUGAACACUCUGGAGGUGGGCGUGGUUCCCUGAGAGGGAGCGAGAACGGUGAGCAAACCAUUGAAAAUCCCGCUCCUCCCAAUUUCAAGGAAAAAUUCAUGGAGACGAGGUUGAUCAUUUUUAUCUCUGUUUCCGCAAACUCUUUUAUAAUAAUCAGGGUAUGAAACUGUGAAAGCUAUGAACCCAGGAGUCAUUUCAUGAGUAGAUUGAGUAUGAUCGUCCGGGUGAACGCAGUCCUGAAUAGGACUGUUGUUGUUGACAGUGACUGAAGUUUCGACAACCUGUGCGGUAGUCAUCUUCAGAGUCAAAGUGAGUUUUAUCACGUCAAUUGAUGCUAUUAAACUCUGGUUUUUUACCUGAUUGGUCAAUUAAGUCUGAAUGUUAUGGAUCGUCUGUCGUUAAGCGGUGAUGUAUUGGUCGUUUGUCAUGUAAACCGUAAUUUCAUUGGUGCGUAGUGAUUAGAGUGUACACUUUUUCAAUUUAUCUGCGGUGGAAAUUAUCAUCCAUCUAAUGUCAAGAACAUCGUCCCGAGGACUUUUCCUUGGUUAAAAUGUUAAUGGUAUGUUUUAGAUAGAUACUUUUUCAAACGUUAAAUUUUUCCCAAAUUAACGAUGGGGUAUGUUGGCCUUCCUUCUUUCUUUGUAGUUUUAAUAACGCACAUUUGUGCUGUUAUAACUGAACUCGCACAUUAUAACUUACAAUUAAAUUUUCUUUUGUUCUAGUUGGAGGAGGUAACAAAGAAGGCCACUCUUCUAGACAAAAGGGAGGGGAACCACAAGGCGGAAGUCAUAAAACGAACAAGGGUGACCUGAAAAAGCGGUUUCAAAUGCCACUUUCGUCGGGAGUCCGCUGGACAGGUUCCUCAUUGGCUGAUGAUACAAGCGGAGAUACAUACAUAAAAAUAAUCAGAGAUCAAACUCACAUUGAUAACGAGGUUGUAAUUAUCGGAUUAUUGAUGCUUCUUCUUGUACUUUUCGUUGUCGCUGCAGUGUUUGUGGCAAACAUGAUGGUGGCCUUUUUUAUAACCACAAGGUAAGCAUUGAAGGGAGAACGGACGCUUUGACGGUAGCCCACUUGUGUAGCCGUUCUCCGCGGACAACUCGGAACGAAGGGGACGUCUGCAAAAACCUGGUACAAAUCGUGUUAUCUGACGUCACUCUUUUGGAGAAAAAAAGAGAAAAAUAGUUAUGAUGAUUCCCCCACCGGUUUCUCCGCGGGGGCAGUGUACGGCUGCAUAAUCAGUAUUUGCAGAGGGGGGAGGGGUGAACUUUAUGCUUUUAAGCAGUAGCAGGAGCCAUAAUGUUCUGGGUGAAUAGCUGAAAGCAGGAGCCCAUCAUUUGAUGGGCUCCUGAUGAAAGAGAUUUAUUAUGUUCGUUUAUUUCUUCCAUAGGUCUAUGAGGCGGGAUUAUGCGAAGAUGUGCAAACUAAUGAGUGAUGAAGAUGUUGAAUCUGGGUAUCCUGAGGAAAUGUUUGUAACAGAGACUACAGAUGAGCUCACUCCAUCCCCUCCUCCACCCCCACCAGGAAAAACCCAAAAGCUUUCAGGUACUGAGUGCAAUUGUCACCAGCUUUCUAGUCUUCUUAACCACUUCAUUGCCGAAAUUAGCAAUGUGUGGUCUUAUCUCCAAGCAUGGUGGGCGAUAUAA